UAUUGGCGGGUGUUCGUUAGUCUAGAUUUUUUCUUUCUUUCUUUGCUGAAUGCCACGAACUUCCUCUUCCAAUGUACAUGGUCACGCGCACCGAUCCAUAAAUAUCACCGGCCAGUCUGGCCAAAUCGCCGGACCCAAUUCGCCCUUUCCACUGCGCAGAUGCGGCGAUUGGUUCGGUCCCUGUCCCGCGGGGUAAGCGCGCGCCUGCCCCACCCGUGCCAAUUUAAUACUCUCGGUGCGUGCUUCCCGAGAACACCCGCCGUUCUCUCGUUUCACGGGCCAUGUCUCCCCUCACGCACACCAUCUCUUCCUUUGAACCAAAAAAUGAUCAUCCUCCCUCAUGUCAUCGUCUUUUUUUUAAUCAAGCCAUGGACCCCCGCCAUCUCCAUGGUGUGCAACCGCCGCAUAGUGGCUGAUGUUAGCCGGUCGGACUUUCCGGCGACUCGGUUCGCCUUCGCCUCUCUGUCUCGCCCUUCCCCAACAUUCGGCCCGGUGGUCCGCUCGCUGCCCAGUAUCCAAUCUUACAUUGCGAUCUAAUCUUCUUGUAUCCGACACCAAUGGUGGUGUCAUGUCAUCCAUUCAACGAAAUUUAGGAGCCUCCUUCUCGUUUUGGACCGUAGCACGUGCAUGUGCCCUUGGAUCUAACUCGACAAAGAGGAAGAGGCGUCAUGCAUUUAUCUUGGCUAGCGCUCGUGCACGUCUCCUCCACCCAACUCCCACCGCAAAAGCUCUCGACCAACUGCAUCUCGCCACGUCUUGACACCCUGUGGGGCUGGAUGUAUAAUUGCUGAGACACGGAAGUGGAGACUUGCAAGUAAAUCCAAGGCCUAACUCUCAUUUACCCCGCCAUGUGGACGGCUGUGAUCCGCUUCCACCUCGGAUAAGGAUGAUGAUUUGACGUCUCCUCUCAAUAAACCGUUCGGUACACGUGGAUUUAUUUAAACUAGAAACGCUGUCUCCAUGUAUAAAGGCUCAUCCGCUGUUCGAAAAUUGUGACGCGCAGCACAAGCGCUCUGGUUCGCCUCGCUGCUCCUCCUUUUUCUCUCUGUUUAUUUCGGAGCUCGAAGAACAGUUUCAAAUGGAAAGAGAGGUUGGCGUCUGUUGUAGGAAUUGGGUGAGGGGGAGCGGCAUCGGAAAGGGCUCGUUUGGCGCUCUGAGCCUGGCCAUGGACACGUCCAACGGUCAAGUUUUCGCGGUGAAGUCUGUUGAUUUGAAUUCCUCCCCUGUUGCUUCCAUUGAGGCUUUGGAGAACGAGAUCCAAAUCCUCCGCUCCCUAAGCUCGCCUUACAUCGUCUCCUACUUCGGCGACGACACCACCCAGGAAUCUCCUAUCGCCACGUGCCGGAACCUACACUUGGAGUACAUGCCCGGCGGGACUGUCGCAGACUUGGCAGCCACGAAUGGAGCCGUCGGCGAGCCGGAGGUGCGGAGCUACACCCGAUGCGUAGCCCGCGCGCUGCACCACCUCCACUCCUUCGCCGGCGUCGUGCACUGCGACGUCAAGGGCCGGAAUGUGCUGAUAGGCCCGAGCUGGGGCGCGGCGAAGCUCGCCGAUUUCGGCUCUGCCAUGAGGAUUUCCGAUGGCGUGGAGCAGUGGACGUGGGGAACGCCGCUGUGGAUGGCGCCUGAGGUUGUCAGAGGCGAGCGGCCCACGCCGGCAUCCGAUGUCUGGUCCCUCGGGUGCACGGUCAUCGAAAUGGUCACCGGAGCCCAACCAUGGCAUGAUUCUGGACCAGACGCUCUGCUCCGAAUCGGUUUCAGCGCUGAGGUGCCUAAAUUCCCAGAUCAUCUAUCCAAGAUCGGUCGAGAUUUCCUCGACAAGUGCUUGAGAAGGGAUGCCACCGAGCGGUGGACCAGCGAGCAAUUGCUGCAGCAUCCCUUCCUAUCCGACGACGACAUGAGCGCCACCGGGCCAUCGCCGAGGAGUGUGCUCGACUUGGCUACUUCGGAAUUCUGCGACGACGAUGAUUCCAGCAAGGAAAAUGAUCCUCGGCCCAGUUCUGGCCAUGGUACGGAUUCUGGCGAGGUCAUGGAUCGUGGGAGGGAGAGAGUGAGGGAAUUGGCUUUGGACAGAACGACGGUCAUGAGCUGGGAGAGCAAUGGGUGGGAGAUGGUUAGAUCGGCGGGCGAGCCCACUUCGGUGGGGCAUCGGGAAGGGGGAGGGUUAUGCCGGGAAUAUUUGGAUUGUUUUGGUGGGGAACCGCCGGAAUGGAGUGGGAGCGACGGUGAGGCGAGUUGGGGUUGGCUGUCCGAUGGAACGAGAUGCUCUGCUUCCCCUUGUCGUUGUUGUGGAGUAAGCUUGGCGUUUGUUCUUGGUUGGUGCGAUUCGUUGUUACUGCAUACGGUGCUGGUUAAUGCAAUACCUUUUUUCUUUUCUCUGGUCUUCCACACUUUUUUUCUUGCAUUGAUGCGUACUUCUCUCGUGAGCCAGAAAUCUUUUGCUCUCCUGAUGAUUGAUUCAAUGAAAAUAACCGGAUGACCCUUGUCUCCUAUUGAUCCAGGAUUAUCCACAUCGAA